AUGCCAGUGACGGAAAUCGUCCACCUUCAUACCCUCUCGGGCAAUGUCGACGCGGCGUACCGCGCCGUCUGCCUGCGCUGCAUCCAGGCGCAGGACGAGUGGUGCGACGCCAAUCUUCCUCAGCAACCCAAGGGGCUUGAAGCCCGAGGCGUAGCUGUGUUCCAAAAUACCAAUGAUCCCAGCGAGACCCUUCUGACCGCGCACUGGGACAGCGUCGCGGAGCAUGGGAUCUGGAUCGCCUCUGCGACGAACCAGGAGAUAUUCCCCCUGCUUCAGGAACAGGUCGACCUCUCGCGCCUGGUGUACUACCACGUAGAUGGGGUGUCUGCGUUUUCGGGCUCCGAGAACCCCCCGCUGAUCCCAGUGCUCAAAGCUCCUGUUAUCAGUUUGACGCACUACUUUGUAUCAUCGGAGAGGAAGCAGGAGUUUGACCGUGCAUGGCAGGGGGUGAAAGCAAACCUGGACGGUUUCGCACGACCGUACGUACAUCGAGGUGGCUGGAAGAUCGAGAAGGGAGAGGACGCGCAAGAGGAAGUCUUCGUUUCGGUCGGUGGGUGGCAGAGUGUGGAGAGGGCUGAGGGUUUUAUGGGGAGUGAAGAGGGCAAGAAGUUCGAGGAAACUCUGGAUGCAACUGCUGCGAAGAAAGAAGUCAAGUACUUUACAAGAUUCUUGUAG